GCUAGCGAGCUCCUAGCCCGGGCGGCAUUUGUUCAGGACAGCGCCAGUAACAGAGUAAUGAUGGUUUAUCUGAGCCACGGGGUCGGGCUAGGACCCAGAGCGGUGCCUCGUGGCGGACUCGUUCACUCUGCGCGGCUGCUGUCACGCGGCUGAGGGUGAAACGAGGACGGUUAACUGACAGUUGGCUAACGGUCGGACUAAGCUAGUCCUGAGCAAACUUCAAACCGACGGCGACUCGCUGCCACUGCGAUGUUAGCGGUCAACACGCUGGAGAUCAACAGCUCGGAGCAGAACGGAUCAUGCGAGGGGGCGGUGGCGAUCCUGGAUGCGGGAGCCCAGUAUGGGAAGGUGAUCGACCGGCGGGUGCGGGAGCUGUGCGUGCGCUCAGAGAUCCUCCCUCUAGAGACCCCAGCCUUUGCAAUCAGAGAACAGGGUUACAGAGCAAUCAUUAUUUCAGGAGGUCCGGCGUCUGUGUAUGCAGAAGAUGCUCCCUGGUUCGACCCGGCUAUAUUCACCAUAGGAAAGCCGGUUCUUGGGAUUUGCUAUGGGAUGCAGAUGAUGAAUAAAGUUUUCGGCGGUACAGUCCACAAAAAGAGCGUAAGGGAGGAUGGAGUGUUCAGCAUUGCGCUGGACAACACUUGCUCUCUUUUCAGAGGCCUUCAGAAGGAGGAACUGGUGCUGCUGACCCACGGUGACAGUGUGGAUAAAGUGGCUGAUGGCUUUAAGGUGGUGGCCCAGUCAGGGAACAUCAUUGCUGGGAUCGCUAAUGAACAGAAGAAGCUGUACGGGACGCAGUUUCACCCCGAGGUUGACCUAACGGAGCGAGGGAUGGAGAUGCUGCGCAACUUCCUGUUUGAAAUUGCAGGUUGCACGAGUAACUUUACCGUGCACAACCGGCAGCAGGUUUGCAUCAAUGAAAUCCAAGAGAAAGUGGGCGCAUCUAAAGUUCUGGUGCUGCUGAGUGGUGGCGUGGACUCCACAGUGUGCACGGCUCUGCUGAACAAAGCUCUAAACCAGGAGCAGGUGAUAGCGGUCCACAUCGACAACGGCUUCAUGAGGAAGAAAGAAAGUCAGAGUGUGGAGGAGGCCCUCACCAAGCUGGGUAUUAAACUCAAAGUGGUAAAUGCAGCUCACACCUUCUACAACGGGACAACAACUCUUCCCAUCUCUGAGGAGGACAGGACGCCACGGAAACGCAUCAGCAAGACCCUGAAUAUGACCACCAAUCCCGAGGAGAAAAGGAAGAUUAUCGGAGACACAUUUGUUAAAGUGGCUAAUGAAGUACUCGGAGAAAUGAACCUCAACCCGGAGGAGGUGUUCUUGGCGCAGGGCACGCUGCGGCCCGAUCUCAUUGAGAGCGCCUCUCAUAUUGCCAGCGGAAAGGCAGAGGUCAUCAAAACGCACCACAACGACACCGAGCUCAUCCGCAAGCUCAGAGAUGAGGGAAAAGUAAUCGAACCCUUAAAAGAUUUCCAUAAAGAUGAGGUGAGAGCGCUGGGGAGAGAACUAGGCCUGCCAGAAGAGAUCGUCUCUCGGCAUCCUUUUCCCGGACCUGGUUUGUCCAUCAGAGUGAUUUGUGCUGAGGAGCCUUACAUUUGCAAGGAUUUUGCUGAAACGAACAACAUCCUCAAAAUCAUCACAGACUUUUCUGCAAGUGUCAAAAAGCCUCAUGCCUUGCUCCAGAGAGUUAAGUCGUGCAUAUCAGAUGAAGAGGAGGAAAAGCUCAUGCAGAUCACCAGCCUUCAUUCACUUAAUGCCUUCCUGCUGCCCAUCAAAACUGUUGGUGUCCAGGGAGAUUGCCGGUCCUACAGUUACGUGUGCGGCGUGACGAGUAAAGAGUCUCCUCACUGGGAGUCGCUGAUGUUCCUGGCCAGACUCAUCCCUCGCAUGUGCCACACCAUCAACAGAGUGGUGUAUAUAUUUGGCUCUCACGUGAAGGAGCCGCCGGCAGACAUCACCCCGACGUUCCUGACCACCGGCGUUCUGAGCACGCUCAGACAGGCAGACUUUGUUGCUCAUUCGAUUCUGAGGGAGUCUGGUUACUCAAGCAAGAUCAGCCAGAUGCCCGUCAUCCUCACUCCCCUGCAUUUUGACCGCGACCCCCUGCAGAAGCAGCCAUCCUGCCGGCGCUCCGUCGUGGUCCGCACCUUCAUCACCAGCGACUUCAUGACGGGCAUCGCUGCCAUGCCCGGCAACCAUAUCCCCGAGGAGGUGGUGCUAAAGAUGGUGAACGAGAUCAAGAAAAUCCCCGGCAUCUCCAGAGUGAUGUACGACCUGACUUCCAAGCCCCCCGGCACCACAGAGUGGGAGUAGAGCCCCGGGGACGUGACUCCUGUCAGCGGGACACACAUUCACACGCCGUGCACAAACACUCUCCGCAGACACAGGAGGGCCGCUGAGCCGCUCUGUCCUUCCUCCCUCAUCCCCUCCUUACCUCCUCUUUCUCUUCGACAUUCCCAUGGAAGGCAGACCGUACUGUGACGAAGCCCCUCCAUUCUGCACUCCCACCCCCACUCCUACCUAGUCUUACUUUUAUUUUUACUUUUUUUUCUCUUUCUUUCUUCGGCAAUAUGGAUUGAAUAGUGCUGGUUCUGGUUGACGCGUCGUCCUUUUUAUUUCACGUACAUGUUCGGGCUAUUAUACAAAGGCAACUCGCUGCUCCCUUUUGUGAGCUUAACCUUUAAAGGCAAGCGGUAAGAAGCUGUGAUGGUUAAGUUGACUCGAUGUUGUGCCUAAAGACUUAAUUUGUGGCUUGGAUAAAAUGUGAAAAGCUAACAGGAAUGUCAUGAAGGAGAAACGCAGUAGUGGGAGAUGGACGGAGCUCUUCAGCCGUUCUGUUUUGUUUGGCUCUCGUAGUGCAGGAUGUUUUCAGCCUAAGACGACCCUCCGUCUCUCUCAGCCUCCAUACUGUGUUACAGCGUAGGCUGCCGAGUCAGCCAGCCAGUGUGACCAAUCCGUUUUUAAAGAUCGCUCUCUUUUUUGUUUAUUUUGCCAAAAGUGGAAUAUGCUGUGGUGGUGUUGACUUUUGUGGACUCUUCACGUUUGUGGACAGGGGCUGUCGGGUAGUCUGUGCCUCCCUGUGGGACAGCCUGACGGCAGCUUCAGAGCGCCGACUCGCGUGCGGCCUGUAAAGGAGGCCGAUCCGGUUGGUAACUUUGUAUGUGCCUGUUGUGUGUUUCUACGUUUUUUGUCUUUUCCUUCGUCCGGUGUGAAACGACAUGGGCUCUGUCCAGAGAGGACGACGCUGUUCUCCUCAUGCUGCAGUAUGUGUGCUUUUUUUAAAUAAAAAAGGAGAUUAUAAGGCAAAAUGACUAAUAUCAAACCUAUAAGUACAGUAGUAAAAGCUUUUAACCACAUUGUGAGACUUUUUUUUUUUUAUGUUUUGAUGGUUUGGCUGCUCCUGCAUUGUGCAGAGUCAUGUUUUUAUUUUUUUGCACACGUUUCACCCAUAAAGCCUCGGUGCUACAUCAGUACAGACAUCAUGUGGGACCUUCAUCCUAAGCCUGACCCGUCCCUCUGUAGAGGUAAAGGUCCGUUUGGUGGUGGAGGCGGGCCGGCGCUCCUUGUAUUACAUGUUCACCACAUUCAGCACGUCAUUUGCGGCCUCCAGUCUCGUCGUUUAGACCUCAGUAAAUACAGCGCUCAGGUUGAACUGAGUUUCUAAAAGCGUGUAGUGUCCCGUUAGAGACGUGAUGCCUCCAUCUGUCCGUGUGCCUCUCAUCCUUCUGUUGACUCGACUUUUUAGCGACAACAUUGAUUUUCCUAACCUUAACUGCUGUUUGGGAUCGUCCUUUUCUUUUGCCUUUUUUUUUUUUUUUUAAAGCGUGUGUGUUUUAUGUUACACAAGUCCCCAUGAAGCAACUAAAGUGGAUUUUUUUGCAAAUCUCAAAAAGAUUAAGUUAUGCAAUACUGUGUUCAAUUUCUUUACUUUGAAGUUUGCUCAGCGAUGAUCAUUUUCCUUUAGUAAUGUGCCUCAAACCAAGCCACUGCAUGCAGUUUCAACUAUGACAUUUGUACAAAACUGAGCUUUAAUAAAAGAUCUCAAUGUUAACUUC